AUGCCACCCGCACACACAGACACCUGGCCCUCGGCAACUCACGCUGACUGGCCCUCCGCCCCCGCGACCCCCUCAAAGCGCGCCUCUCGCUCCUCCCGCAUCUCCAACGACACAGACUACCGCUCCUUCACCCGCUCGACCUGCGUAGGCGGGACAGAGACGACAGUUGAGUUUCGCGUCGGCGACACGGUGGUUGUCGGCGCGGACGCCAAGUUGAAGCAGAAGUUUCUGGCGCCGCCGAGUUGGCAGGUCGAGGCGAAGGGCAAGGGGAAGGGCAAGAAGGGCAAAGGGAGGGGCAAGAAGCGUUCUCAGGACGACGAGGAGGACGGAGAACCCGAGGGAUGGAGACACGAGGACGGCUUGAAUGCGGGAGACAAGGUCGCGGUCAUCACUCGCCUGUUUGAGGAUGUCAGGGGACGGAAGAUGGCGCUCGUUAGGUGGUUCGCCAGGCCCGGAGCGGUGUGGGGACCUGAUGGACCGGACGAGGACGACGAUGCCGGAGACGUCUUGCCCUACGAACUUUACUUCACCUCCGACUCGACACACCUCGAGGAAUCGCGCGUCGUGCGCCAACGAGCUGCCGCGAACCCAUUCUCCUCGCCCGCCGGGUCUCCCUCGAAGCGCUCCCGCGACGCCGGCUCGACCAGCGCCGUCUCCUCCCCCUCUCGCACCAACUCGGCAUUCGUCUCGUCGUCCGCUGUUUUCCGAACGCCUCAGCAUUCCGACCCAAUCCCUGUGUCGACUAUCCUCUCUCACGCCGAAAUCUUCUCCCCUUCCUCCCUGCCCGACCCCUCAAAUCCCACCAUCACAGCCUCCCAACAAUCCCCAAUUCCCACCUUCCUCUGCCGACGAGUCUACGACGUCAAGCCCAUCCCCGGCGCCAGUUUCUGGGGCGAGAUCGACUGGGACGAACACCGGCUCAAAGCGGUCGAGUGGUACGAGUCUACGAUGGGGAUGGUCGAGCGCAAGGAGGGAGGGAGGGAGAAGGAUGUUGCGCAGGAUGGGUGGGAUGUGGAGGCUGUGAUGGAGGACAGUGAGAGCGAGAGUGAGGAUGAGGAGGAGAGGAAGAGGAGGAGGAAGAGGGCGGAGAAGGCGAGGGCUACGAGGGAGAGGAAGGAGAAGGAGAGGGAAGAGAGGAGGGCGGCGAGUGGAGCGGUGAGCGAGAGUGAGGGAUCGUCGGAUGAGGAGGACGAGGAGGAUGCUUUCAAAGACCGCGACUCGUCGUCGUCAGACUCGGAGUCUGGCACCGCAGGCGACGAGUCGGAGGAUGGAUCCGCCUCGGAAGACGAGAGCGCUUCUCGCACGCCUACAAAGCGCAAACCCCUCCGCGAGCGCCAAGCUUCCGCCGCCUCAUCCUCCCGCAAGACCGCCGCGACGCGCCUGAAGCGCACUCGACCCGCGACGUCCGCCGCAACAGGCCGAGCGGCGAAACGUCGCAAGUUCGCUUCCUCCGGCAAGACUUCCUCCGACUCUGCGCACAACGCCCUCCCUCCGCUCCUCCAAUCCGCCCACCUCGCCUCCCUCACGCCCUUCGAGCGCGCCAAGGCUCUCCUGCACGUCUCGGCUACGCCCGAGUCGCUUCCUUGCCGCGAAGACCAGCGCGAGCAGAUUCGGCAGUUCAUCGGCGAUGCGGUGCUGGGACGGAGCGGAGGGUGUCUGUAUGUCCAUGGUGUGCCGGGAACGGGGAAGACGGCGACGGUGCAUAGUGUCGUGCGGGAGUUGCAGAACGAUGAGGACAUGGACGGCUUCGCCUUCGUCGAGAUCAACGGCAUGAAGAUCUCGGAACCGAUGGCCGCCUUCUCGCACCUCUGGGCCGCACUCGCCCCGCCCGACCAGCAGCAAAGCGGACGCAAAGUCAGUCCGAAGGCGGCUCUCGCAGCGCUCGAGAACCACUUUGCGAACCCUGACCCGGCGCGGAAGACGACCGUGGUCCUCGUCGACGAGCUCGACCAGAUGUUGACGAAGCGUCAGGACGUCCUCUACAACUUCUUCAAUUGGCCGCACGUCCCGCACUCGAGGCUCGUCGUUCUCGCUGUCGCCAACACGAUGGACUUGCCCGAACGCGAGUUGAGCGGGAAGAUCAGGAGUCGACUGGGCACGAACCGCAUCCCUUUCCAGCCCUACACCUGGACGGAGUUGAAGCGGAUCCUCGAAGCCCGCCUCGCUCUCGUCGACCCCUCUUCCGCCGUCAAGUCCAAGUCCACCCCGCUCUUCGACGACGUCGCGCUGCAGAAGAUCGCCAAAUCAGUCGCUGGCAUCUCCGGCGACGCACGCAAAGCGCUCGACGUCGCCCGCCGAACACUCGACCGCGUAGCCCUCCGUCUCUCGAAAGAAGGCAAGUCGCUUGACGAGCUCGAGCAGGGAAAAGUCAAGUGCUCGAUUCAGGAUGCGACGCAGGCGUACAACGACAUGACGAGGCAGGGACCGGCGGCGUUCGUGAGGAAGCUUAGCACGCAGAUGAAGGUGUUGCUCCUCGCGGUCGCGCAGUGCGUCAGGAGGACGGGUGUGCCCGAAGUCGAGCUCGAUACGGUCCUCACCUGGCACCUCGACUUCCUGCGCCAGACGUCCCUCUGCUCAACUCCCUCCUCCGCGCCCUCAAAGAACGAACUCGUCUCCCUCCUCUCGCAACUGCACGCCCUCCGCCUCGUCACGGCCGAAUCGCAGCGGCUCGACGUCUUCCAGCGGGUCCGGCCGGCGGUGGACGAGGGCGACCUGUUUGCGGCGCUGAGGGAGGACGGGAUCCUGAAGGCGCACGUGCCGAAGGUGUUGUAG